UGCGCAGACCACCGCACGCACACGUGCGCGAAAAGUGUGUAGUAUAGCUUACAAGUAGGUGGCUAGGAAUAUUAUAGCCGAGCGCGCGAACGAGAAAAGUAGAAUAAGAGUAAGUACUCGGGACGAGGGGUUACGUAAGACAGUAUACGAGCAGCUUCGUUGAGAUCGAAGCGCGCCGAGUCUACUACCGCGGGGAACCACGUGACACACAAGCGCGAAACUGGACUCGGACGCGCGGAGUAGUCGCGGCUGGCACUUCUCUCCGUAGUUCUCUGGUCAGUCGCAGAGUCAGCUGUGCGGUGCGCGCGAGGCGGCGAUGCGAACCGAGCUGAGCCACCAUCAGUCUCGAGAGACGACAGCCUCAGCACCGGAAUAAGUAGCAGCACAGCGGAUGACUCUUAUCUCGAUGGGCAUUGCGCAUCGGCUUCCCUGCAACCAGAACUGUUAGUUUCGCAGCGAUAAAUUAGACGCAUAGUCGCGGUUUUGGAAGCCACUUUAUUCCGCAGACAGUCAUCAUGAUUGUGGCGGUGUUCGAGAGCGCCCUCUGCAUUCCGAAGUUCUACUACGGCGCGCUCUUCGGUCUCGGAUUCUGCGUCUACUACCUCUUCGAGGUUGUCAAGGCUCCGCUGGUUGUUUGCGCUAAGGGUCCAUUCCGAGAUUUCUUAGAAGAAAACGUGCCAAUCUUGAAAUGUAAAUUCUGGCCAACGCUUUGGUGUUUCGAAUCACGAGCUCAAACUGUAAUUGCAAGUUUGCUGAGGUCAAGAAUAUGGCCUAACAUACAAUACCGCAGGGAAAUUUUAACUCUGGCUGACGGCGGGGAAGUGGCAUUGGACUGGGCGGAACAUAAUUGCUGCUCAACGUCGCCAAUCGUGAUAAUUCUGCCAGGCUUGACGGGGGCUAGUGAAGCGGAAUACAUAAAGUGCCUUGUGUGUGCAGCGAAAAAUGUCGGGAUCAAAUGCGUAAUAUUUAAUAACAGGGGAUUAGGUGGAAUAAAACUGAAGACGCCGAGAUUGUAUUGUGCUGCAAACUGCGAGGAUCUAGCAGAAGUUAUCGAGCACGUAAGGCGACUCCACCCGAACGUGCCCAUUGGAGCAACUGGAAUUUCAAUGGGAGGAUUAAUUCUCGGCAAUUACUUGGCUCAGCACGGAAAAUCUGCAGUUGGAAAACUGAAAGCAGGAUUUGCCAUUUCCUCUCCCUGGAAUGUAUUCGAGGCAACAAAAAGUAUCGAGAGACCUUACUUGAAUUUAAUGCUAAACAAACACCUGUGUGGCAAUCUUCGACGAAAUUUGGAACUUCACUUUACCGAGGAAAGAGAUCGAUUAAAUUUAGACUUGGAUACAGUAAUGAAGAGCACAACAGUCCGAGAGUUCGAUGAUUACUUUACAUCAAGACAUUUCGGCUAUAAGGAUGUGGAAGAUUACUAUGCCCAAGCAACUCUUCAUGAUAAAUUACACCGGAUAGAAGUACCCCUGCUUUGUCUUAGCGCAGCGGAUGAUCCAUUCCAGCCAUUAGAAGCCAUUCCCUUGAAAGAAGUCAGUGAAACAGAACACGUAGCGAUGAUAGUGACUUCUCGAGGAGGUCAUAUUGGCUUUCUUGAGGGUAUCUGGCCAGUCAAGGAAGAGCAGUACAUAGGAAAAAUCUUUUCGCAAUUCUUCUCUGCGGUCUUCUGGAAAGGCCAAGAGCAUCCGGCUUUUUAGUAAUUAGAUUGUACUUUGUUCGUGUAUUUUAUAAUUUGAUAACUGAUUUUUAAGACCACUGUUGAUAACAAAAUCAUAUAGGUUGUAAAAAUAUGUCAUGCGCAAUCUGUCUAAAAUAACAAGUUUUUAAAACUAAUUUUCAUUGAAUAUAUCAAACGAUUUCAUUAACGAAAGGAAAUUGGAAUUAUAAAUAUUGCACAAUAUAAUUAUAUUAGAAAAGUAACUUAAAUGGCUUAUCACAGCGGGUAGUUAGUUGUUUGGUUAUAAUUUUGUACUAUUUUUAUAUUCAUUUUUGUACACGCCUCUAAAUAUACCAAUUGUAUAGGUAACGAUUUUUUAAAAUAAAAUCCAAUUCUUUUAUAUAUAUUACGUAGGUUUUAAAAUCUGUUUCUUGUGAUACGGUACAUUGUUAAUGUUCCUUCCUGCUUAAGUAAAUUAAGUGCCUAAAAUGAAAUCAGAAAAUAUCGAAAUUAUUACAGCGUCCACGGCAUCUGAAGGUACAUGAAACAUUCCCUAAUAUUAUGCUCAAUAAAUUAUAAGCGAAUGACGCACGAUGUGCAUGAAUAUCUUAUUUGUUUGCUUAAAAUAAAAGAAUGCAUCAAAAUUUCAACAUAAUCAAAGUCGUAAAAAUAUAUUUAAAUUCUUUUAUAAAACAAGAAAAAUAAAGUAAUAAGCCUGUUCGUAGAACGCACGUCCAUGUGAAGACAAUGGAAGCAAUGAGAAGUCAAGUAUAAUAAGAAUUAUAAAUAAGAAUUUUAGUAAUGAUAGACUAUAAUUUUUAUGUAGUCCAUAUGCAUACAUUUAAAAAAGUUAAUUCCUAGAAUGUAAGCUUUGUAAUUGGACAAUAGAAGUGUUCAAUUAUUUUUUAAGUCAACUUAAGUAAACUUUUGAACUUUUAUUAUAAAGUAUAUAAGUAAACGUAAAUUGAAAUAUCAUACGUAUGGGUAUAGCUGCUUAACAGCUGAAACAAUCUUAAUUUACAAAAAUGCUUCCAAUUUAUAUAUCCAUAGAACAGUGUAACAUCAACAUUUUCUAGUCUACUUAAAAACAUAUUCUGAUUGAUUGUAACUAAAAUUGAAACACUAAACCGUCAUAACUAAUAAGCUGGCAAAUUUCUAAUUUGUAAUGCAUACAAUUUUAAUAAAUUUGUUAAAAAUA